AUCGACUUACAACGAUUUUAUGUGACAUUCUUAAGUUUGUUUACAUGCGAUCAGGAAGUAAAGUGCGUGCUUUUCCACGAUAAUUGAUUUUCGAAAUCCAUUUAACUAAGAUUUUUAACAAAACAAAAAAUAAAUUAACGAUCUUCCACGCUAAUUAAAAAUCGUUAAUCUAAUAACGUUCUUGUGUCGCUAAAUUACAGUUCAGUUGGAGUGGUUUUCACAAAAAAUGAGCGAUGAACAAGUUCCCUUGAUUCGUACUGAGGAAGAACGAGACGAAGGAAGAGAAAGAAUAUCCAGAAAUAUUAGUGAGAUAGAAAAUAUUACUGAAUUAUUAACAAGUGUACACAUUCAAAGUUAUGGAAGUACAGAUGAACGUAAAGUGGUUCCUUUAAAUGAGAGAAUAAUCUACAGUUGGAGUGAUGUGAACGUUUUCGCUACAGAGGAAAAUAAAUCAAAAUGGAAAACAUUUUCGAGGAAAACCCAGACGAAUUUUCCAAAAAAACAUAUUUUAAAAAAUGUACAUGGAAUUGCUUAUCCCGGAGAACUCCUAGCCAUUUUAGGAUCGAGCGGUGCGGGAAAAACAACCCUUUUAAAUGCUUUAACUUUCCGAUCGCCCCCAAAUCUUGAAGUAUCCGGUUUUAGAUGUGUAAACGGAGUUCCGGUCGGAUCUGGAUCGCUUACAAGUCAAUCAGCUUACGUUCAACAAGACGAUUUAUUUAUAGGAAGUCUUACUGUUAGAGAACAUUUAAUUUUUCAGGCUUUAGUUCGAAUGGACAAAGAAAUACCAUAUCAUCAAAGAAUGCGAAGAAUUGAGGAAGUGAUUCAGGAUCUAGCUUUAACGAAAUGUCAAAAUACAAGAAUAGGAAUACCGGGGAGGAUUAAAGGUAUUUCUGGAGGUGAACGUAAAAGGCUUUCUUUCGCUGCGGAAGUUCUAACAAACCCUUCGUUAAUGUUUUGUGAUGAACCAACUUCAGGCUUGGAUUCGUUUAUGGCUUUAAACGUUAUACAAGUAUUGAAAAGUAUGGCUCAAAGUGGAAAAACUAUCGUUUGUACAAUACACCAACCAUCUUCAGAAUUAUACGCGUUAUUCGAUAAAUUAUUAUUGAUGGCUGAGGGACGAAUAGCGUUUUUAGGUACACCUAUGGAUGCUUCAAGAUUUUUUACUUCAAUGGAUGCACCAUGUCCUCAUAAUUACAACCCAGCAGAUUAUUUCAUUCAAUUAUUAGCUAUAGUUCCUGGUAGAGAGGAAUCAUGUAAGCAAGCCAUUUCUAUGAUUUGUGAACAAUUUGGGCAGUCGGAUUUAGGAAAGAAAAACCUUCAAGCAGCAACAACAAAUGAAAAAGAAAAUUAUAGUUAUGAAAUAUGGACAAACGGAGAUCAUAGUAAAAAUCCAUACAAAGCUUCUUGGUGCGCUCAAUUUAGGGCGGUAUUAUGGAGGUCUUGGUUAAGUGUAAUGAAAGAACCAUUACUCAUAAAAGUCAGAAUAUUACAAACGAUGAUGGUAGCUUUGUUAAUAGGAAUAAUUUAUUACGGCCAAAUACUUAAUGAGAAUGGCGUGAUGAAUAUAAACGGGGUUCUUUUUAUUUUUUUAACCAACAUGACGUUUCAAAAUGUUUUUGCUGUAAUCCACGUGUUUUCUGCGGAGUUACCAAUUUUUUUAAGGGAACAUAGGAAUGGAAUGUAUCGAACGGAUAUUUAUUUCUUAUGUAAAACAUUAUCAGAAACACCUUUAUUUAUAUUCGUACCAGUUUUAUUUACAUGUAUAUGUUAUUACAUGAUCGGGUUAAAUCCACAAUUACCUAGAUUUGCAAUUACUUGUGGAAUUGUUACUUUAGUAGCAAACGUAGCGAUUAGUUUCGGAUAUUUUGUAUCUUGUGUUAGUAAUAGCGUUUCCAUGGCUCUUUCAAUAGGACCGCCAUUAAUAAUCCCUUUCCUGCUAUUCGGCGGAUUUUUCUUAAACAUAAGCUCGAUACCAAUUUACUUCAAGUGGCUGUCGUAUUUAUCCUGGUUUCGUUUCGGAAACGAAGCGUUAAUGAUAAAUCAGUGGGAAGGUGUAGAAAGUAUCGACUGCACUAACACUAAUUCGACUUGUCCCAAAAACGGUCAUAUUGUAUUGGAGAUUUACAACUUUUCCGAGGUCUGA